AUGGGACGAUUCGUCCAACAAGAAAGUCCGGCAUCAGAUGAUAGAUCAACUAGGAAUAAAAGAGAAUCUGUCCAUUUCCAGUCUGAUAGUUUUGAUGAUGAAAUCUCGAAUUCCCCUUCUUCCUCCUGUUCAACUGUUGGAGAUUUGCCAAAUAUCAAACCAUCUGCAAGCAAAGGAUCAUUUCUAUCCGAAUUAAAACCAUUUUCAAAACGAGCGUCUCAGUUGAUAGUUGAUGUUCCAGUUGCACAUUUGAGGAAAAUCAAAAAUACAGAAGGAGUUUCAUCUAUUACGAGAGAAUCCGAACAUUUUUCGAAUACGACAACACUCCACGGACCAAAACGGAUAUACAACGGAAAGAAAUGGUCAUUUGUAUUUUGGGUAUUUAUAAUGAUAGCUUCAAUGAUAAUGUUACUCACUCAAGUCACUUCACUCAUCAAUAUGUUUCUCUCAAAACCUACAGUAUCUCAAGUUUCAUUUCUUUUAAGUGAGGGAGGAAUGCAAUUUCCACGUGUCACAGUGUGUAGUUUCAACCCAAUAAAAAGGAGUUAUGUGGAAACACUCAACAGUACCAAAGAUCUUUCGGAUGAUUUACUUGAUUACUUGAUGAUGUUCAAUAGUGAUGCAAUGACACUUUAUGGAAGAGCUGGUGGACCGUCACUUCAUUCUGGAGAUAACAUAUACAAACAGUAUGUUGCCAGCCAUCCGAAUUUCACAGCUGAUGGAUUCUUUAUGGAUGCGGGAUUCUCUUGUGGAGACAUGUUCAAAAUGUGUUCAUUCGGAGGACGUCGUUUCGAUUGUUGUAAAUAUGCGACCCCAAUCUUCUCCGACUUGGGAAAAUGCUUCACAUUAAACGUUCAAAGCAGUGAUAAACCAUGGAUGAAAAUGCAAACAGAACCAGGGAUUGCUGCUGGAUUACAAAUAAUUCUGGAUUCUCAUUUGGAAGAACAGUUCGAUUCGGAAACAGAUGGAGUCACUCCAGUAUUCUCAAGUGCAUUCGAAAACGGAUUCAGAUUUUACGUUCAUCCAUCUGAAGAAAUUCCAUUUCUGGCCUCGGAAGGGAUUGCUGUUUCACCAGAUAGUGUAGUUUAUUCUGCACUUUCCAGUUCUAAAUAUAUAUUAUUAUCAUCGAGUGCAUGGGGAAACUGUUCUGAUAACUGGCCGCCAGGAUAUGACUACAACUUCCCAUAUACUGCUGCAAUGUGUUCAACUCUUUGCAAAGCACAAUAUUUCCAGAAGUUAUGUGGAUGUUCUCCAUCGAUUUAUAAUCAUUUAAAUAGUUUCAAUGACUGCACUCCAUACGAAACAUACCGAUGUAUGGAUACAAAAAUGAAAAAAGUCGUGAACCAAACAACGUUUAAUAUUGAAAUGCCAACAUGUGAAGAGUGUCGGGUUGAAUGUAAAAGUCAAGUGUAUCAUUCAUUCAACUCUUAUGGAAAAGGAUUAUCAAGAGGAGCUUUGAUGUGGUUGAGCAAGCAAGGAGAUUGGAGAAUUCAACAUAUGAAGGCAAACUUCCAAGUGGUGAAUGUUUUCUUUCGAGACAUGUCAUAUACUGAAUACAUUCAAAAACGUGGAAUGUCACUGACUGAACUUCUUUCGGAUAUCGGAGGAAAUAUGGGAAUGUUCAUGGGAAUGUCUGUAUUUACAAUCAUUGAAUUGUCUCUUUUUCUCUCAAAAAUUGGAUGGAUUGCAUUUUCAAGAAAACGAAGAGAUUAUAUGUAUUCAAAGAAGAAGAAUGAGGAAAUGCAUGAGAAAGAAUUAGAAGACGUUGUGACUGGAUUCAAAUUAUUUAGAACAAGAAAAUCUGGAAAUGAUAUGAGUCAUUUGAGAGAAAAAAUCAAAGGGUUAUCAAUGCAUCGAGUGACAUCAGAACAAUUGAAUCUGCCACCACCGGCACCUCCGGCGUAUCCUCCACCGCUUCCUCCUCCUCCUCCGCCUCCAGCUCCUCCGCCACCUCCAGAAUAUCCUCCAGCUCCUCCAGCGGCAGAUGCUCCACCAGCUCCGCCUCCAGAAGAGUACCCUCCACCUCCUCCUCCAGCUGGGAAUUCUCCUCCUCCUCCUCCUUGA